GCCAUUUGUACGACUUCAUGUUAUUCGUAUUAUUGAAAGCAAUGUUAAUGGAAAAUAUUGAUUGAUUUCUUGGCAUCAUGUCAAGAAUGAUGCCGUUUAUCAACUAGAACAAAGUCAAAUGUGUAUCAUAUAGCCAGCCAAGGGAACAAUACAAUUUGACUACUUAAGGUAGAUGGCUGCUUAAGACAAGUUAAAAUUAGAACAGAAAAUAAAUUUUUGAAAUUAGCUGACUGGCUGGUUAAGACAGUGACUGCUUUAUACAUGUGGUGGCUAAAGCAAGUUCAACUAUACUUUAAAUACAACAAGAAAAAUAUCUUAAUAUGGCUGAAGACGAAAGAAUAAAUGACUUGGACCUUCCUUUGCAUUCAAAUAUUGAAGACGUACAAGUAGCUCAUUACAACAUUGAACUUAAAUGUGAUAUGAACAAUGAAGUGUUCAGUGGCAGAGUUAUUUUGAUACUUGCACAUGAAGAACUUGCUAAAACAAAGGGGCAAGUAUCACAGUUUUCUCUAACUCAGGGAAUAACAGAUUUAGAUGGGUUGGAGCAUAUUAAAACAACCAGAACUGGGAAAUGUAUGGAUGAAAUUAAUAAUGAAGAGAUGGAAGAUAUCGAUUAUGAGGAUGGUUCAGAAGUUGUAGGUAAUCAUCAAAUAAUGACUUCUCUUGACAGAGAAGAAACAAGAAGAGAUGAAACAAGACAUAGUGAACAGGGAUGCACAGAGUCUUUAAAUAUCUAUCAGAAAUACACAGAUACAGUAGUAACACAGCAGGAAAGUUCAUAUGAUUUGAAAAAGACAGUAAUAGAAACAUUAGAUAACCCGGCAAAUUUACAGAGAGUAGAUAUGAAGGUUGACGAACAAACAGUCAUAAAAAUUCAUAAUGUUGGACUAGAAAGUUCUGGAUCUCAGUUUGAAAAAACAUAUGAGGAUGACACUGAUCAAGACAUGCUCUUUAAGGCUUCAGAUACUGAACAUGGAACAAAAGUAUCAUGUGACCACAAUUACACAAAAGUUGAUCAUGAAAAUAAGCAGAUAGAUGAAACUGCUAUUCUAGGUAAAAGCUUAAUAUAUGGUAUGAAUGAACCAGUUAUGAAAGAUAUUCCUGAAAUACAUAAGGAUUUUGUAAUGGUUUUAGAUGCUUGGGAUUUAAUUGUUACUUCUGUACAAAUGAUCAGUUUUCAGAAUACUUGUUUUGUUCUUGAUAAUGAAUGCAACAUGGAUAAAACAAAACUGAAUGAAGUAGUUAAAACUUUUGCUAGACAUCCUCUUGAAUUCUGUUCAGAAAAGACUUGCCUUAAAUUUUGGAAGCCUGGAAUACAGACUGCUAAAGAGUUUCCUAGAUGUAUUGAAAUAUGUUACCAGACUCAACCAUGUGGACCUUCUUUAAAAUGGACCAAAGAUCAGGAUGGAAGGCCAUGUGUAUACACUCACGGACACUGGAUCAACAAUAGAUCACUCUUCCCAAGUCAGGAUGUUCCAGGGGCUCUGGCUACCUGGCAGGCAUAUAUCCAAGUGCCUGCGGGAAUGACUGUGUUGAUGAGUGGAGAUCAGGAUCCUGAAAUUAGACAUUCAUUACCAGGUACAAAUCAGGUAACAUUCAUCUACCACACAGGCAUGGAAGUGCCAAGUUCUACUCUUGCUUUAGCUGUUGGAUGUUGGGAGGAGGUGGAGGUGAUCUCACAUUCACGGUCUAGUCCAGAAAAUUCAUGUGAAUGGUUACCGUGCCGUCUUUUUACUCCCAGAUUUUAUAAGGAUAUUGCAAGUACUCUUCUAUGUUCCUACAUUCCAAGAUGUAUGGAGGCUGCAGUUUCACUUCUUGGCCCUCAUCCAUUCAAGCGCUUAGAUAUCCUGAUUGUACCUGCUAGCUUUGCUAGUCUCGGAAUGGCAAGCCCCAGCCUGAUGUUUUUGUCACAAUCAGUGCUUUCACAGGACGGACACAUGCUUGUUCGAGUAGCACAUGAGCUGAGUCAUUCUUGGUUUGGUCUUGCUAUUGGACCACGUGACUGGCAUGAGGAGUGGCUAAGUGAGGGAUUUUGUACAUACACUGAAUCUGUGAUACAUGGGAGGGUAACAGAGUUGACAGAGGAAGAGUUUAAGGAAGAAAGGGACAUUUAUGAUUAUCUCAAGUACCGUAUUCUUGAAGCAGAAGUACAAUCAACAGGGAAUGAUUUGCAAACAUUGAGGAAAGCAGGUGAUGAUAAAGGUGCGAAGUUUGUCAGCAAUGGUAUGAAUCCAGACAAAGGAUUUCUUCAGCUUCAUUAUUUGAAGGGAUAUUUCUUGCUGAGGCAUCUGGAAGAUACAGUCGGAUGCAGCAGCUUAUAUGGUUUUCUGAAAGACUUGGUCAAAACAUUUUUGCAUAAGCUCAUUGAUUCAGUGGAUGUUCUUGAACUGUUUUUCAACACAUUUCCUCAUAUAAGGUCAGCAUCUUUGUCAGAAAAUACAAUAUUCCAGGACUGGUUAAAUUCUCCAGGACUUCCCAAAAUUUCAGGAAAUGGUUGUCUUAAGCAUAACAGACUUGUGGAGGAAGUAACUAAAUUGAAAAAGAAGGUAUGCGACUGUAACCUUAUUUGGACAAGAUUGCACUGGAGAAAAAGAAGAAAGUUAGAUUUAGAUUCCAAGCUUCAGAUUCCGAAGUUGAAGCAAGUACAAAUUCUCCUGUUAUUGGACAGACUGCUAGAAGAGAAGAAGUUGCACCACAAUAUCCUCCAUUAUUUGAAUGAGAAAUUAUGGCUCUCAACUUCAAAUGCAGAUGUUAGACAUAAGUGGUGUGAACUAGUGAUCAAACACAAAUUUCAAGACAGUUACAAGGAUGUUGGACACUUCCUUGUCCACUGUCAGGCAAUGGGUGUAUAUUUGUUCGGCGAACUAAUGAUAUCACAAGAUAGAGAACAGCGACAACUAGCAGAAGAACAUUUCGUAGCAAUCUCAGACGAGAUGGAAGAAGGUGUCAGAAAAGUUGUUGAAACAAUGGUUUAUGGCAGCUGAAUAAAGAACACUUAACGAAAGAAGCAGUUUGAUACAUGAUAAGAUAUGAUAUGUAAUUCCCUUGAGUGAAAGUGUGAACUGCUUUUAAUAAUAGAUAUACGAGGUUGUAUUCCCGAGACAAGAUAUUUUGAAAGAGCAAAUAAGUUAAUGUUUUUUUGUUGUUUUUUUCAUAUAUAGCAUAAAAAGAUGUGUUCCUGAUUGAUGCCUGUCCAAAUAAGAGAAUACAGAGCACACAUUAAGUAUUUUUAGGUAUUUUAGAACGAAUUUUAAUUAAUAUGUAGAAAUUAAUAUGCUGUGGACUCGGCUAAAAAAAAGUUGUUCCAUCUAUUCCAGUUGAGGAUCUUAAUCUUUAAUCUGUUGUGAUUUAUAUAUAUGUAGGUGGGAAAUGAACGUCUAGUAGACAUUAUUCGAUGUAUUAGUCUAAUUUCUGAAACUACCUCAGUAUUCCAUUGUAUAUAUGUUUUGUAUCGAGAAUAGUGCUUUUAUAUUUAAGCGUCUUUGUUGUUUCGUUCAAAGUAUAUUACUGUGUCUUAAAAAUGUAUAUUUUUGUGGCCUGCAAAUGUAUAUUAUCGAGCCACCUGCCAAUAUUGAAUCGCUCUAUUUUUUGUACUGUCUCAUGAUAUUUAAACAGAAUAGGGAUUUUCUCAAAAUGCUAAAAAAAUACUUAUAGUGUAUAGUGU